AUGACGCUCUUGACAAGCUUCUUGGGCGCCAACUUGGGAUUGACUCUACCACAGCGCAUACUCAUGCUGUUGGGCGUACUCCUGCUGUUCCUUGCAACGAGCAUGUCGCAUUGCAUGAUCUGCAUGCGCGAUUCCGCUACCUUCCGCAAGAUCUACAACGUUGCGGCGCCAUUUCCGAAAAGUGAUUAUUACGAGCCGUUUCGCGUGCCCGGUCCAAAUAUCGAUAUUUUCGUUGAGAAAAACGAAACCUUGCACGGCAAAUUCAAGAGGCAGUUCUCACAUGUAUACAGUGCUACUGGCGUGAAGGAUCUGGACGCAAAUAUUGAUGGUUCAAUCAAGAAAUUUAUUGCGCAGAUGCAGAAAACCAAAGGGACAAAUAUUGAUCUCGGAAAGUGGUUCGAGAGGCUUUUGUUUGAUUGCAUGUGUGAUUUGACAUUUGAACAAAACCAGGGCUAUAUUGACAGUAGUCCUGAAGAUAACCCGUUCGGCGCAGUGGCACGUUUUGUCAGGCAGGCUCAUCUGUAUGGCAUGACACCGGCGUUAUUUUACUUUGCAAAAGCUUCACAAUUCGUGACCGAAAAAUUAUUUCGGUCAAAAAGAAAGCCAGAUGCGAGCAGCCGAAGUAUCGAAGCAUUCUUGCGGGGUUUUAAAGAUCCCAGCAAUGUUCAUAGGGGCAAAGCGCAACGCAAUAUCGCCUCAAAGCUAUUUCAGGUACAAGCUUCUAAGAGUUCCAACUCAUUAACAGAUGAGGAAGUGGCACACCUUGUUGAUUUUGGGGUGAAAGCUGGUGUAACAGAUGGUAGCGCUUGGUUGAACUCUGUGUUCUACCACCUGAUCCACAACCGAGACAAACUUGACAAACUUGUGCAGGAGCUUGAUCAGAAAUUAAACGCCGGGAAGUUAGACACUAUCUGCACCUCACAACAGGCUGCUGCGUGUCCUUACCUUAAUGCAGUCCUACAAGAAGCGCAACGGAUGUUUCCCAGCAUUGGUGGUAUCCUGCCUCGAGAAACACCCAGUGGCGGAAAAGAAAUACUCGGCCAGCACAUUCCAGCAGGAGUUACUAUCGGAGCUCCAGCAUUUGCGAUAAGUCGGAUGCCGGAAGUCUUUGGUGCCGACACCUCAUCUUUCAUACCCGAAAGGUGGCUUGAUGUUGGCCAACCAAAUAUGUACCUUUCGUGGUUGAUGAUGAGGAAGAUUGUACCGUCCCUUCUCUUAUCUUUGGAUUUCGAAUCUCCGGAUCCCAAGUCUGACUGGACCGUUGUUUCCGGGGCUGGCGUCCAUCAAUAUAACUUCCAUGCACGAGUCAAAAAGCGAGAGUUUAAAGAAUAA